UGCAACCAAAGUAUAAAACGGCGAAGACGCUUCUUAGUAGCACAUACUCAAUCGAUACCUUCGAUACCAACCCAACCACAAACAAAAUGUUCAAACUGUUCAUCUUCGCUUGCUUCCUCGCCCUGGCUUCGGCCAAGCCCGGCGUCCUGCCUGUGGCAUACACCGCGCCGGUAGCCGCAGCAUACACGGCUCCGGUAGCCGCGGCCUACACCGCACCCCUCGCAUACUCCGCCUACUCUGCCUACACCGCGCCUGUUGCUGCAUACUCUGCUUACACAUACGCAUCUCCCUAUGCUGCGUACUACCUUCGUCGUUGAUUUUGAUCUCUAGAUUCUACAUCUUGCUGUUGUUAAAGAGUUAAAUGUUUUUUUUGUUUCCACUUAUUGUUGCAGUUCUUAAAUGGGAUUUAUUUAUCAACAACUAAAUAAUAAACAAGUAUAAAAACAAAAA